UUCAGGUUGUCUUGGAUGGGAACAGGAGGGUCAGGCCUGGGUUCAGGUCUGAAGUGGCCGCACCUGGGCGCGCACCUCUGAGCUCCUGCCACCCGUGGCCUCGCCCUGGGUCCCCGUCCUUCUCCCUGGGGAUCCUGCCUGGCGCUGGCCGACCCGCUUCAGACCCCGCCUGGCCACGCCACCCUCCUCUGGCUGGACAUUCCGCCGGCACUGCCCGGCCCCAGCCGAGGGCGCAGGCUGCUCCGCGAAGACACAGGGACGGAGUCGCUAGGCAGCGGGGCAGCGGACACGGCCUAAACGCAAGACCCUGGUGGCCCCAGAGAUCAGCAUCUCGCUGGACCAAAGCAAGGGCUCCCCGCUGUCCGACGACUUCCUGGACAUGCCCGACAACCUGGACAUGAACGUGGACGACAUAGAGAGCCCCGACGAGAUGGACUCGCUCAAGUUCCUGGACAACGGCAAUGAGCUGGAGUGGGAAGAACAUGCCUGGGGACAGCGCGGACCUGUUUGGGGACGGCGUGGCAGAGGACAGCGGUGUGGCCAACGGGCGCCUGUGGCUCAUGGUCAUCAUCGGGGAGCAGGAGCACCGCAUGGACCUGCACAUGAUCCAGCCGCACAUGAAGGUGGUCACGCACGGAGGUGAGGCCCCCGGGGACCCGUGCUCACCCACGGAGGUUGACCCCUGUACCCGUAGUCACCUCGGAGGUGGGACCCCCACCAUACCCGUGGUCACCCUGGAGGUCGGACCCCUGUACCCGUGGUCACCCCGGAGGGCGGAUCCCCCGGUACCCAUGGUCACCCCGGAGGUCACCCCUCCUGUACCCAUGGUCACCCCGGAGGUGGCCCCCCAUACCUGUGGUCACCCCGGAGGUCGGACCCCUGUACCCGUGGUCACCCCAGAGGUCGGACCCCUGUACCCGUGGUCACCCCAGAGGUUGACCCCUGUACCCGUGGUCACCCCGGAUGUCGGAUCCCCCCCGUACCCAUGGUCACCCCGGAGGUCACCCCUCCUGUACUCGUGGUCACCCCGGAGGUGGCCCCCCAUACCUGUGGUCACCCCGGAGGCCGGAUGCCCCCAUUACCACGUGGUCACCCCGGAGGUCGGCCCCCUUGCCGGGCCCGGCAGCCCCUCCGUGCCCCACCGCGGCAGAGGGUGGAGCCUGCGUGGCUCCGAGCUCAGAGACGGCCGCCCUCAGCGCCUCUCCCCAGGCAACCACGGCGAGGGCCUCAACGCCAUCAUCGUCUUCACCUCCUGCUUCCUCCCCGACAGCAGCUGCGCUGACUACCACUGUGUCAUGGAGAAACCUGUCCUGGUGAGCGGGCGGGCGGGGUGGGCGGGGCAGGGCGGGCGCGGGGCGUGGCUGCUCACCCAGGCUCUCUGUCCUGCUGGCCCCACUCACCAAGCCUGGGCCUUCCCCUGGACCCCUGUCUCGGCAGCCGUCGCCACCACCACACAUGUCCAUCACCAACACUACCAUCACCGUCAUCAUCACCACAAACACUACCGUGAGCACCAAUACUGCCACCCUGAUCCCCAUCACACGUCUGUCACCACCACCACCACCACCACCACCAUCACCAUCGCCAUCACACGCGGGUCACACCCGUCACCGCCUCCCAUGUUGCAGCCACAGGCCAGGUGCCCCCCGCGUCCACACCCGCAGCCGCCCAGACAGGCUCAGUCCCCGGCCCCAGGUCACAGUUUCACGGGGAGGAUGAGUGACAGUUGUCCAUCACUGUCACUCUCACUCCUGGACCCCCAGAGUUCCACCCAGCACAGGCGGCCAGCGGGGCAGGGACCUCCAGAGCCCCCUGACCCUCUCCACAGAGUCCGUAGGCCCCCUCCACCAGAGCCCCCCGACCCUUCCCAGAGACCCCCGCCCCUCCCCAGAGCCCGCGCCUCUCCUUCAAGCCCCACCGCUCGCCCGAGGGGGUACCCCCGAUCCCUGAGGCCCACGGGGGAGGCCUGGGCUGGGUGCGGCCGCCCUGAACCUGACCCGCUGCCCCACACAGCUAAGUCAACAGCAGCCUGGUGGCCGAGGACUACAUAA